AUGGCGGCCAAGCGCAAGGCAACCGCACCGACCGGCGGUAGUGCGAAGAGGGUGGCGUCUGGCGUGAACACGCCCAACAGCAUGGCCAGCAGCGACGACGAGUACACCGAGCCCACCGUCGAUGAGGUUGCGGAGCAGGAGGAAAUGAGAAUGCUAGUCGAGCGGUUCCAACGCUCCAAGAGGAUGGCAGCCCCCGGUGUCAGGAGGUCGGAUGCCGUAUCCAGCCAUUUCCAAGGCCACGACUACUCGAGCCUGGAUCUGAAGAAGGAGCACGCCGACCGCCCGCUCUGGGUGACCCCGGAGGGCAAGAUUAUCCUAGAAAGUUUCUCUCCUUAUUUCAAGACGGCCGAGCGUUUUCUCAUCAAUAUCGCCGAGCCUCAGUCGCGUGUGUCCCUCAUGCAUGAAUAUUCUCUCACCGCCAACAGCCUUUUCGCCGCCGUCUCGGUCGGUCUUUCGACCGACGAAAUCAUCAGUCAGCUUGAGAAGCUGUCCAAGACGCCGUUAGACGGGGAGGUCAAGGAUUUCAUCAUUCAGUCCACAAAGUCGUUCGGCAAGGUCAGACUGGUCUUGAAACAGACCAAGUACUUCGUCGAGAGUUCUGACCCGGACAUCCUCCGCACCCUGCUGCGCGACUCAAUCAUUGGCCCAUGCAGAAUUGACAACACCGAAGGCUUGAUGAAGACCACUGCUGCCAAGAAGGGCGACCUGGUCAUUCCUGGUACCAACAUGGCCGCCGGCGCCAAGCAGGCCGCCCAGGCACAGCCACAGCCUGAAGACGCUGAUCAAAUGAUGAAUGUGCUCAGGGAGGAAGACGACGACGAGGAAGAAGACCAGGUCCACUCCUUCCAGAUAGACGGGCCCAGCGUUCAGACUGUUUCGAAACGCUGCCGAGCAAUCGGAUUGCCGCUGACUGAGGAGUACGAUUUCCGCAAUGACUUCGCCAACGCCAACUUGGAAAUUGACAUUCGGCCUGGUGUGGAGAUCCGACCGUACCAAGAACAGGCUCUUACCAAGAUGUUUGGUAACGGACGUGCUCGUAGUGGAAUCAUCGUCCUGCCCUGUGGUGCCGGCAAGACACUGGUCGGUAUCACCGCCGCCUGUACCGUGAGGAAAGGCUGCAUCGUGCUCUGCACGAGUACCAUGUCGGUAUUGCAGUGGCGUGACGAGUUCAUCAAGUGGUCCAACAUCAACCCCAGCGACAUCGCCGUCUUCACUGCCGAACAAAAAGACUUUUUCUCGGGGAACACGGGUGUGCUCAUCUCCACGUACAACAUGAUUGCCAUGAACCGGACCAGGUCGUACGACUCGCAGAAAGUCAUGGACUUCAUUACCCAAAGAGAGUGGGGUCUCAUGGUUCUCGACGAGGUGCACGUCGUGCCCGCAGAAAUGUUCAGUCGAGUUACGCAUGCCGUGCCCUCACAUGCGAAGCUCGGUCUGACAGCGACCUUGCUUCGUGAAGACGACAAGAUUGUCGAUCUGAACUUCCUCAUCGGGCCCAAACUGUACGAGGCCAAUUGGCAAGAGUUGUCUGAAAACGGCUUCAUCGCCAAGGUCAUUUGCUCCGAGGUUUGGUGUCAAAUGACGACCGAGUUCUAUGCCGAGUACCUGAAGGCCAAGACGGUGAACAAGAAGUCGCUCCUGUACACGAUGAACCCUCGCAAGUUUCAGGCUGCCCAGUUUCUCAUCGACUAUCACGAAAAGCGAGGCGACAAGACCAUCGUUUUCUCCGACAACGUGUACGCCCUGAAAGCGUACGCGAGGAGACUCAACAAGGCCUUCAUUUACGGCGGUACUUCCAACCAGGAGCGGCAGACGGUGCUUCAAAACUUCAUGUACAACGAAGACGUCAAGACGAUAUUCCUUUCCAAGAUUGGAGACACGUCUCUUGACUUGCCAGAAGCGACGUGCCUCAUCCAGAUAUCGUCGCAUUACGGCUCGCGUCGUCAGGAGGCUCAGCGUCUGGGCCGCAUCCUGCGCGCGAAGCGCAGAAACGACGAAGGGUUCAACGCGUUUUUCUACUCGCUCGUUUCGAAGGAUACAACCGAAAUGUUCUAUUCCUCGAAGCGGCAGGCCUUUCUUGUCGACCAAGGCUACUCUUUCCGUGUCAUCACGCGACUCCAGGGCAUCGAAAAUCUUCCUGGACUGGUGUACGCGACUCCCCAAGAGCGGCGAGAACUUCUUACGGAUGUGAUGCUGCAGAACGACGUUGCGGGCGAGGUGGAGAAGAACGAUGGGGACCUGUUCGACAGGAAAGGAGGUAACAGGUUCAGGAAGGGGGUGCGUCGCACGGCUGGAACGCUGGGCGAAUUGAGCGGCGGCCAUGAUAUGGCGUUUAUGGAGCACACCAGAGACAAGAACAAGGAGCUUCGGGCGUCAGGAAACCAGACGCUCAAGAAGCUCAAGCGCAGUCUUGGAAAGCAGAACAAGAAGGUGCUGCCGUCGUAG